GGCUUGCAUUGUCUGCUGCUCACCAGUGUAAAACUCAUCUGUCAAUAGAGAGCAAAAGGCCACUGUCACACACUUUAAUGGGACCAAAUUGGACACGUGCUCACACAUCGAACAGUAUGUGAUCUUGUCUCACCGGAAUUCCGACCGCUUCAGAAUGCUGGUCAAGGACAGAAGAUCAGGUAUCGUCCGAACAAUUUAAGUCUACGAAAUGAGUGAUUUUGAAAGCCAUAAGCACUUAGAAGAAGGGCUAGGAUUUUCUUAUUAACACUCGUUAAGUCUAAUGAAUAGUUCAACAAAAGCAAGCACUUCCAUCAUCAAGUGAUGAUUUGGUUGAAGGUUAAUAAUUUUAUCGAUAUCAAAUGGAAGAGUGGUGGAGUUGAAGAUGGUGACAGAAUGGAAGAAAGUAUCGGCUCAAUGAGGGAACAAGGGAGUGACUGGAAUAUUGGUUGAGCGUUCUUGAAAAGUGAACCAAUGCAACAAUGCGUAAUCGGACCCCAAUUUGGGAUGAAUUUUUAAUGAUAUCCACUUCUGAGGAUAUCCACACACCACCAGACCCUUUACAGCAACCGUAGAUAGAAGUGAAAGGUGCUUAACAAGUGGAACACCAGAUAAAACCAUGAUGGUCCAUAGCGGGAUCGCCACACAGUUCCAAUUGAACGUCCACCUGGAAAACAAGCUCUCCAACCAAACACCCAUUCACAUUCAGCGAACAUGGGUCGAACCCUGCCUGUUCCCGUGGUUUGUCGAGUUUGUGGGGACAAGUCCUACGGCAAACACUACGGCGUGUUCUGUUGUGACGGAUGCUCCUGCUUUUUCAAAAGAAGCAUCCGAAAGAAGAUUGCUUACACCUGCAUAUCUGGGAAGGGAAACUGUCAAAUUGACAAGGCGAGGCGAAACUGGUGUCCCUCAUGCAGACUGGAAAAGUGCUUCCAAGCGAGCAUGAAUCCACAGGCUGUACAAGAGGAACGAGGCCCAAGAAAAUCCACUGAUCCAAUUGCGCUUAAAGAAACCCAAACCAAUCUUGACAACUUAUCUCGCCCAUGGGUCCAGACACAAAAAUAUCAAACCAAAGGAACAUUCGCCAAACCACAUACCAAGAGCGUUGUCUUUGUUCCUCAGAGUUUUCAAAAAGACCUCCCAGAUAUGGUGUCUCCUUCAAUACACAUGUUAUUGGUCACAAUUUUGAAGAUCGGAAGCCAUAGCAAUACAGCUACUCUCUUACCUUUUCAAAAAAUGUCGGUGUGCCUUAGGGUGUGGCCUCAAAUUUGGGUCAUGCAAUUAGCUCAAUGCAGACUGGACCUGAAACAUUUCAUGGAUGAUACUGAAUUAUUUCAAUCGGCAUUGUUUCAAACUUGGCAUAAUUUGAUAGAAGACAUCCGAAAUCUUCGCAUGGAUCAAGCAGAGCAUGGAUUAAUUGAAACUUAUCUCUUGGGUGGAGCAGAUGGCGCUAAUGUGGAAAACAAUCAAAAGGUCCUUCGUGAUCUCAGUCAUUUCGCUCUCGCUCGCUAUCACCUUUUGGCACAUCCAGCGGAUCCAACUAGACUUCCAAAGAUCUUACUUCACAUACAUCAGCUUCAAAGAGUGGCUAAUCAAGAAAGCGUUCUUCGAUUAUUUUUCAGUAAAACCAAUUCCUUAGUAUUUUUAGCCAUCAACAACAUCAUGUCUCAUUUUUGAACAAAAAUAUAUUAUCUGUUGAUU